UCAAACAAGAUGUAAUCUAGUUUAUUUUAUAAAUUGAGUGAUUUGUUGAUGCAUCAAUCCAUUACUUGCGGGCAUUGUUUCGAGUCAAGAUGUCUCAAAUUAAUAAAUUUUGUUUGAUUUUCUGUGCGAUCGUUUUUCAAUCAACAUUUGCUGCUUUUUCUCCUUUUGGAUACUUGCAUGAUGCUUCUCGUGAUUGUCAGACCGAAUAUCAGUACUAUUACAAACACAUAAAAGCCGAUAAUUCCAUCGCACAUGACUUCAAAUGCGAAAUUAGAGUACGAGAAGAUCCUGAUUUCAACAAUUCUCUUCUUUUUAGUUUCGCAAAAACGCGUCGUUUGACUCCGUAUCCCGUGAGAGUCGUUUUUAACGACGAUGGAAAGUUCAACAGGACCGAAUUCGACGUUAAUGAAAACGAAUUCUCGUAUUCGACGAAAAAGGCGAUUCUUUUGUCAGCUCAGAUGGAUUAUCGCAGAGUCAAAGAGGCAAAAGAAGAUGAGAGUUUCAAGACUUUGUUGGAUGGAAAGACAAAAAAUUGCAAUAUAACGGUUGAUGUAAAGCUUUACAAUGCAAAUCAGUUCAAAGUUGAGGCAAGUAGGAAUUUUACGGAAUGCACGGGAACGGAGAAAUAUGAUGAUUUUCCGAAAUAUAAGACGGAUAGCACGAAAAAUUGGGAAAUUUUCUUCGAUGAGGGAAAAAUGACGAAUUUUGUGAUGAUGGCGAUUAAAGUGCAUGAUGUAUUUCCGGAUAAAAAUGUGAAUAUCAGAAGCGGAUUUGUGUAUAAGAAAUGUAAGAAAGUGAAGGAAGAUUGGGAUACAACUUUGUUGAUGGAUGAUAAUGAAACUGCUUUGUUUGUGCCAUUAUUGGAGAAAUAAAUAAAUAUUUUUUUAAAAGAUAA